AUGCCUCAUAAUCAGAAGAGCCAGCUCUCUGAGCUUGAGGGACGCCCUCAGGCCCAAACAGAGUCAGCAGGCCUGGUGGACAGGCAGGUCCCCCAGAUUGAAAGAGGUGCAGUUCUCACCACCUCUUCUGCUACUGUGGUCUCCACCACUGUGGGGGUGCCAGCAGCCUUGGUAGGUGAGCAGGUCCCCCAGGCUAAGAGGGAGGAGCAUUCCAUAGCCACUGGCUCCUCUUCUACUCCUGUGGUUCUAGAGAACACAGGCCUGGUAAGUGAGUUGAUCCCCAAUGCUAGAGAGGACUGUAGUGUUAACUCUACUACCAUGGACAUGACAAUGGAGUCCUCUGCCACUGGAAAUCAACAUUGUACCCCAAGUUGUCAGAUAGAAGCUUCUGCCAGUUGCAUGGAAUCCAGUUCACAGAGCCGAUUGAAUUAUUCAGCUGGAAACCAGCAAGGGGAAAAUCUGUGCCCCCAAAUCACUGCAAUAGAUCUUAUGUCUUUGCAGCAAGAUGCAGUAUCAUUGAUGCCCUGCUUGCUCCAUAAAUAUUGGAUGAAGGAGCAGGUCACCAUGGAAGAACUAUUGAGUUACAUAAACCCCCAUCACCAUCAUUAUUACUCUGUCAUCUUUGGCAGAGCACGUGCCUAUAUGCUCCUAAUCUUUGGUGUUUAUAUACAAGAAGUAGACCCCAUCACCCACACCUAUGUGCUUAACAUUGCAGCUGGGCUCACCUAUGAUGGGAUUAUGGCUGAAGUUCAAGGCAUGCCAAAGGCAGGCCUCCUGAUAGUCAUUCUGUCCAUCAUUUUUACUGAGGGCAACCGUGCCAAGGAGGAGGUGAUCUGGCAGGCACUGAGUAUGAUGGGGGUAUAUGCUUGGAAGGAGCACUGCCUCUUUGGAGAUCCCUGGAAGCUAAUCAUGGAAGACUUUAUUCGAGAGGGGUACCUGGAAUACCGGCAGGUGCCAGGCAGUGAUCCUGCUUGCUAUGAGUUCCUGUGGGGCCCAAGGGCUCGUGCUGAAACUUCUAAAAUGAAAAUCCUGGUACACUGUGCCCAUUUUGGUGGAAUUGAUCCUAUGUCCUUCUCGGCCCUGUAUGAAGAGGCUUUAAGAGAUGAGCAUAGGGGUGCCCAUGUGUGA